AUGCAUAGUCGAGUUAUUUCUGCCUCUGCACAUCGUGGGAGUCCAAGUGGGCAUAAGUCACAGGGUCAGUCACAUAUGGGUCAGGCCGGUAGUAGUGUGGGAAUUGACGAUGUAUUUGAUCAUGCCAGUUGGGACCAACAGAAUGUGAGUGACAAUGAUGUCCCAACUGAAGAUAUCGACUCGGAAGGGUUUAAUGAUUUCGGAGGUGACUCACCUCCACAUUCACCUCGACAUUCACCUCCACAUUCACCUCCAGCUAGACGAAGCAAUGUUAUCCAUCUUAGGGUUAGAGGACUUGGAGCUGCAUCUGCAUCAGCAUCUGUAUCUGCAUCUGCAUCAUCAUCAGCAGCGAUUUUCCUCGUCAUACCACCUCAGGGCGGUCCCGUUGAGGCUCCUGACCGACCCCGAGCUGGAUGGUGGAAUAUCGACAAGGUAACACCCGAUCAGGUUGAAUGA